AUGUUCUCAGCAUUAUCAAUCAGAAAAGGGGCAUUGAGGCCACCAUUGAAGCUUGUGAGAUUUUUGAUAAAAUUGAGUCAAGCAACUGUAACCUUUAAAUUGAAGUAUGGAGCACAGGUCCAUGGAACUAUCGCAGAUGUAGAUCUUACUGGAUUACCUCUGGACACACUACUCAGAGAUGUUGAACCCAAGGUGAAAUCUAAGAGAAGGGAAGCUGUUGCAGGAAGAGGCCAAGGCAGAUACAGAGGAAGAGGACGCGGCCAUGGCAGCAGACAAGGAGGUCCCAGGGGAUGUCUCUCAAGAUUACUGUUUCAGAGUGAUGCAUGA